AGAGAGAGAGAGAGAGAGAGAGAGAGAGAAAGAAAAACAAGUCCUCCCGCUAAAAAAAAGCCCCUAUCGUCGACUUCUCGUCCAAACAACAUCGCAAAUCCAAUGUCCAAUCCUCCACCCACUACUAAGGAAACUUCUCUUCGCAUUUCUCACGACAUUUCUUCCUGAGUCCUUCUUCAUCAUUGGGAAAAACGGGUCUCAUUUUCGGCAGGCAGGCACUGAAACACGAGGCCCUCAAGGCAUGGUAUCUCCGGUGUAUCUGGGGCCUAUGGGAGGAGCCCGAGCUCGAGUCCCUGGCGGCGAUGACGGGGCCCUCUUGGCUGUUGGUGCUCAGGUCGACGGCGGCGGCGGCGGCGCUGGCCAAUGUAAAGACGGUGAGAAGGCGGAAAUCUUCAUUUUGAGAGGGUAGAGAGGAUAUGUGAGGCUUGGUUCUGAUGUUUGUCUGAGUGAUGGAGGUUAUGAUGGAGGUGAUGAUGUAGGUGAUGAGAAACGAGGUUCAAAGAUGUCAAUACCAGCUUGGCGAAGCCGUCCUUUAUACUACUAAAAGUACCAGAUUGGCAUGGUAUAUGCACACAUUCUAGACACCCUUCUGCAUACUCCGGGUCAG